AUGGAGAAUCUUCAUCCAAGUGCCGCGACGACGUCACCGUUAAUGCCAUCUGCGGUCGAGGCCAAUGCACCCCUGUCAGCAGUAGAAACGGAGGCUGCUGUCCCUACUGCCCACCACGAAAGCCCGAAAGGUCCGUCUUCGUUGCAUUGCCAAACUGACGUUCCCAGCCACAGCACAGAAAACGCGAGCGACAGCGAAAGCGCCUGUGCCGAGCAACCGUUAAGAAACGCCCUGUCGUUUCACACCGCCUCCGCUACGGCGUCCUGUGAAAGUCAGUCUGGCUCUGUCAAGAGUGCACAGUUAAAGAACAAAAGCCAAGGCAAUGGCGGUACUGGUACGUCGAUUUUACCACUUCUCGACGCGGUGGCGCUUUCCUCCUCUGCCUCGAAGCGCUCCGCGGUGGCAGCGGCGAGUGUUGCCUCCUCGCAUCGGGAUGUACAGGAAGAUGAAUUGGGUGAGUCCGCCGCACCGAAAGAAAAGAGGGCGGAAGCGGCGGCGGGAGGCGCGCCUGCGGACGGUGGUAGUGGUGGAGGGAAUGACUCCUGCGUGGCUACCCCGUGUUUUAGCAUAGGAGUGCGAUCACCACACUACACCCCGUCUAACCAGGCGCUGCCGCUGCGUCCGAAGCCUCGCCGCCUCGCCUCGCUUGGCGAAAAACAAGGAGAAACACAGCAAGGCAACUCGGUCGAUGCCGCAACUGCUUCGCUGAGGCAACAGCAGAACAGAGCCAUCCGUGAGGAUCAUAGAGGCGCAGAGUCUUCUGAGGCCUCUGCAGCAAAGGCCGAGCACGGACGUAAUGCGGGACACAAUGAUGAAAAGCAGACGCUGCGCACAUCGGCACCGUGCGUCGACCCGUCUCGUGAGCUGGACAACGAGGAGGGCGACCAACACAAGGCAGUGUCCCCCACCGGCCGCAAACAGCCAAGGAACCACCACGAGAGCGGCGACGAUGUGAAAAAGGAGGCGAAGGAAGAGGACGCGGGGAAUGACGAAGCACGUAAUGCGCCGCCGUGGUGCCCACCUGACUCCGCAAACCGUGGGGGAGUGACAAAUACGUGCAACGAUUGUGGCAGCAGCAGCAACCUUCACGGUGCCACCGCCCCUCCAACGGACAACACGGUCCAGCCGUCGCUCUCACCCUACCACUCUUACGUGCCGUGGAAGCUGUCCGAAGGCAACGGCCGCGAAGACGACGGCGGUCACGUCUCCCUUACAUUUUUUGACGCGAAGCACGCCAGCAUCAGCAACGAGGAGUCAACGAGGUCACCAGCCCCACCCAAGCCGCGCACGCGAACAGACGCGACGACAAAAGCCGAGUCAAACUCCAGCAGCCAUGUAGCGACAACGAGCGGGGCUCCGAACAACGCCGAGGGCGAUGCGCGGCAGACCUCGCCACGCGAUGAAGUCGUCAUCGAGGGCAAAGGCACCAGCAUCGAUGUCGCCACCAUCGACAGCGGAAGCUACGCCGGCAGCGGCCGCCACGGCUCGGAGUCGGCGAUGGCGAUGGCCGCCGCCGCAGCAGCAGCAGCAGCCGUGAAUGCUCCUGCGGCUCCCCUGGGCGGCGGUGGUGUUCGGCGUCAAAAUCCUGCCAUGCUUGCCUUCUCCGGCAGCAGCAGCGGCAGCGGAUCGCAGGGCGGUGAGGGCACCAUCGACCGCAGCAUCAGCAGCCGCUUCUCGGUCCCCAGCCGCGGCCCCGCCUCGCUCUCCCCGCCCUACCUCGCCGUGGACGAGGAGAGCGGGGAGUUGGCGGUGGUGUUCCGUCGAGGUGGGGUGGGGCAGCCGUCUGCCGCCGCAGCCGGGGGAGCCGCCCCAUCGCUGUACAGCAGCGGCAGCAGCGGGAGUGCCACCUACAACGUCGUGCGCAACGGCGUGCCGACGUCCCCCACGCACCUCGAGUUCAGCCACCCCCUCGACGAGACGUUUGGGACGAUGGUGAGCACGAUGAGCACGACCUUCUCGACCACAACCAACAGCGUCGGCGACGGCGACUCGGUCUCGCCUGCGGACACCUACAGGCUUCAAGUGGCCGCGCAGAUGCGUCAGGCCCUCCUGCAGACGCUGGGGCUGAACGUGGGCAGCGACGGUGGAAACACAACCGGUGCGACCACGCAAGGUCAACAGCAAUCCGAGAAGGCGGCGAGUCCGAUGUCUACGUCAGCAAGCAGUGCGGAGGCCACGACGUCCUCUGGCGUGCUACUGCCGUUGUCGCCCUUGCAGGACAAGAACAAUGACGCCCCCCGUUUAGCUCAUCUUGGGCACGCAAUGGAUGGCGGUGGCUCGCACGUCAUCGUGACCCCAACUGUGCUGUCACGCAACUCGUCCACCGCUGGCGUAAACCUGGCGUCCAGCGCGUCUCUCUCGACCAACUCCGCCACCUCGCCCACGGCCGGCGCGCAGACCCGCACCGCCGCGGCCAUAUUCGCUGCACUCACCACUCCCAGCCCUCGACUGCGCAGCAAGAAGGCCGCUUUUGCUUUCCAUGCCAAUCCCACCUUCUUUGACAUCGACAGCGGCGCCGAGGACGAAGAGGCUGAAGGCCGGAGUGACGGACGGUUGGAUGCGCUGCGGCUGUCGCUGAGCGAGGAAGGUUCCCGCAUGCUCUCAAUGAGUGUCUCGAACCCCCUCAUGUACGAGGACCUGGCGAGCAGCGAGAUGAGCACUUCGCAGCAGUUCAACACAGCCGUGCAGCCCCCGCCGAGUCUCCAGCUGGCCUACCCUUUCCGUCGUCACAGCCUGACAGAGAACUUCACCGAGGUGAUGCCGGGUCGCGGGACGCCCGUCAGCGGCACGCCGACCUUCUCCGUGUCAAGGCUGAACAACACCACUGAGGACGUUUUCAGCAACAGCACCAGUAGCCUGAUGCCACCGAUGCUGAAGUUUACGGCGAGGGGUGGUGGGGACGAGGGAGCGGCGCUCGAGGCCGCCGCCGCAGAGGCGGUGCGGGAGGUGAACAGCGGCAACUUAGACGUUGACGAGGACGAGAAGGAGGACAGCAGCCGUCCGGCCCCGUUGCUGCCCCCUCCCGUUGUGUGCUCGCCCGUAGCCUACGCUUGCUCGCUGCGCGACAGCGACUCCAGUAACCUCCGAGCCUCGUCCCACUCGGACAUUUCGCCCCUCAAUAUCGACGGCGUGCCGGUCGCGAACGUCGGCAAACUGCGCUCGUCAUACGAGAUGGCGCGCCGGACACCGUUCUCGUCCUCCCCGAAGAGCGCAGCUGCCCAGGAAGCAGAAACGGAGCACACAGAUGGUAACAGCAAUGAAGAAGAAGCGAUAAAUGAUGCAGUGACGUCAGCGCUGGGUGCCGCACCUGGUGCCGCAACCACCACCACCACCGCCGUCGCUGCGGCCGAUUCUCUCCAUGCCGUAUCAUCUCCUGAAUCCGCAGCUCGAGAUGGUAACGUCAGUGUUGCCCUAUCCGCGGCAGAGCCGGAGUGGAGCAGCCACUCCCUGAUCAGGUCUGUCCGUUCGAGCCCGCACCGCGGCGAGGACGGCGUCAACAGUACCGAAGACGACGUGACCGGCACUGCUACCACGCGAGUCCCCACCUCCUCCUCCCCUUCACAGUUUCAGAUCCAGCCAACAAGCAGCGUGAGCUUUGGUGAGACACCUGGGCUGCUGCUCGACGCCGCCUCCUACUCCUACUCGCGGCGCGACUUUGUAAACAGCUCCGCAACGAUCAGCUCCAUCAGCGGCGCGCUCGCCGCUGAGGCACAGCAGAGCCACGCCGAUCCGGCCACGUCACGGCCGGGAUCGGCCACCACCACCGCCACCACAACGACAAACGGCGACCUCUCCGCCUCUACCUCUACGCGCAUGUGGUCGGAUGGUAUUGCCACAACGGCGGCGGCCGUGCUCUUUCGACGCCACGGUGAUGACGCCACACAAGAAGACGCGGAGAGUCUAGUGAUGCCGCAGCGCUUUGGUGCGUUUACAUCGAUUCCGAUGCCUCGCUUAAGCACUGCUGGUGGGGAGAAGGGUGGUGUCAGUCUCCGUAGCGGCACGAACUCGGCCAUGCAGCGCGAUAUUGAUGAUGGGAACGAGGCGAACGCACCAAGCGGCAAUCCGCAUACGGUGAACCCUUUAGGUACGCUGUCGCUCACGCCGACGCCGCCACCUCCACUGGCGCAACAGCAAAUGCCAGACGCGCAGGGCGCAAACACUGUUGACAUGGCAAAUCUUUCUGACGAAAAGGUGAAGGAGACGGAGGAGAGCGCCAGACUAAACAAUCCAGACAAUGAAGGCGACACGUGGGGUGAGCCGAUGUCCUCCGUCCAAUCCCUGCAGAAGCAACAGUACGCAGAUGACGAGUUUGCGGAACCUGCGGUGACAUCUGUGGCGGGCGGUGGUGAGAAGCACGUGAGAUUUGCCGAUCGCUCCGAGAUGCAGUUCGUCGACCCGCUGUCGUCGCCGUGGGCGGACCGCGACUUCUUCUACCAGCCCGACUACACGCAUAUGGAGUUCAAGAACGCGUCACUGCCAAAUAGCGCGCCGGAGGACGCGAAGGGGAACGAUGGUGAGAGUAGUAGCGCGACAGAUGAGGAAGAGGCAAAUAUUUUGCGUGCUGUAACACCCUUUCGCUUUACGCACCGCUGCAAAGAUGUCCACGGCUCCCCAACACCGCGUUCGUUUACCGGACCUAGCGUGCCGUCGUGGGCAAAUUGGCCGCGCGGAGCUGGCACAAGGAAGCCGCAAGCCGCUCCGUCGGAGAUCUCUGCGCGGCACGACGGAGCACCGGAGGCGGCGGUCUCGCCAACAGUGCGCAACGACGACGAUGCCGAGGGCGAACGUGCGCCACGCAUCUUCUUCACGAAAGAGCGACUUGCGUCGCGCGCAGCGUUGAUGGAAGCGCGACGUGCCGCACUGCAAGGCAAAAGCAGCACCGACGUCAGCUCCAGCAUCGUUGGCAAGCCAAACGGGCCUGCUGCAGCAUUGGGAAGUGGAGUAGUGCUCCGUCCUGAAACGAGCGCGGUCGGGCAAAUUACACCCGCUAGUGCAAGCGCACGCCUGCACAUCAAUCUCGCCCCGCCACCACCGCCACCGCCUGCGGCAGCGGCCAUCUCCGUCGCGUUGCCCGACUUCGCCGCCCCUGUGACUUCCACCGCGUCAUCGGGGAGGAGCGGUAUGUUGUGUGGACCUCCUCCCCCGCCGCUUGGAAGUGCACCCACUGCACCCGCACCGGCUUCCGCCAGCAGGGCGGCGGAGGUUAACAGCAAUGACAAUGACGAUGAUGGCUUUGGCGGCUGGGUGCAGCAGGGCGCCGCACCACCGCAGCAGGUGAAGGACACGGCGGCCGCUCCCUUCAAGCUGACGAAGGAGUGGUGUGUACAGGUCGCCGCGGACUUGAAGAAACGCGGCAACGAGUGCCCGCCGUGCGCGGAGUCGGCUGCCAUCCCCCUCGACCCCGCUCGCGUGGUGGACGUUCUGCACGCCGUCUUUGGGGAGGAUAACCUCUUCACCAGCCCGUCCCCGCACGGCAAACCAGCCAGCACAUCUGCAAGCAUCGGCUCCCACAACCACGACGCAGACGAGGCCUCCGCGACGAUGAACACCUCCAGGGGUGCAGCCCCUCGCGUCUCGGGCGAGAUCCGCGGCGUGGACGGGGUGCUGGAAGCACUCUCCUUCACCUCCCUCACCCAACCCAACGGCCCGGCGACGGCCACCGGCUCUUUUGCCACCACGUUCACGUCGACCAACGCACGAGCGACGAACAGCAGCAUGAGUUCCGCACCUGCGAUAGAGGGCAGCGGCUACGUCGUGCCGUGGCGAACCCGGACGAGCGCGACAUCAACGGCCGCGGCGCAGACAACGAUGAACAACGCGGCGGCAAUAGAAGCAGGAGUGGCAGGCAAAACGGACAACGGCAACGCAGCGCCCGCUGAAGAGAAUGAUCCGGUAGAGUUGAGUCUUCGCCUCACGCGUCAUCUUUUUUUCCCCGAUCAAGAACAAGGAGGCAGGUGCGAUAACGACAGCGCUGCACCGUCGGCAGCCGCUUCGUGUCAAGUCAGCUCGUUUAUGGGAACGCGCCGAUUGCCGGACGCCGCCACCGCUGCCCAAUGGACGGAGAGGGAUGUUCUACUCGCUGUGCAGCAGGAACAGCGACGGAUGGCGCAGGAGAGUGAAGGGGCAAUGGAAACAGAGCGCUUGGAAGACGUCCUGCGCUUGUCCUCGUAA